GCGCACGAAGCGGCGAAGACCGGAGUCGCCAUAUUCGUAUUUUACUACGUGUGGGAUAUAUCGCUAGCACGUGGCGUGCGCUUGCGAAAAAUUUGCCAUAAGUCGGCUGUUCGGUGCGUUAAGAGUCUUUCACGAAGCAUUUAAAAGACGUGUGCUAUCAAUUAGGCGUAAAUCAGUCGCAGUUCCACGAGUCAUUAACGAUAUAUCGUAUCGCCGAAUUUCGGGUAACUGCAGCCACCGUGGACUCGCAGUAUGUAUUCUCCGAUUCAUCUUCAAUUAGCGAAAUGGACUAUCCCGGCGGUAACCUUUGCCGUCGCUUUCUUUUGGUACAAACGCCGUCGGAUAGAAAGAGGUGAACUUCAAUGGAAUGAUUCAGGGGGAGCCGCGGAACUAGAUUGCGAGGAGAAAACUGUGUUGAGCGACACGACGAAGUGUGACACGAGUCUCCACGACUCUGGCGUUCAGGAGGAUAUCAACCAGCGAGUGACACGACAGGAAGAACCAACUCGCAUCCCGAGGAAGGUCAGCGAGAGCAUGGACAUCCCAGUCAAGAAUCCAACAUCGCAGUCUUUCUGUACCGAUAGCGGCCAGGCCAGAUGCAUGAACAUUGAGCCAGUGCAGCAAGACGUACAGCUGGGUAGCAAUCCGAACGCGAGUUACUUCGAGAUAGUUGCCAACAGUCGGAAAACGCUCUCCUCAGAAUCCAAUAGCACCAUCGACAAGAUGACGAGGAUAUUUGAGGAUAUCGUUGAUAUCGGUGAUAAGAAGGAGCAAACUUGCGAGAUAAAGCCCUUCGAACAAAAGUACAUGACUGAAUUAAAUAACGAAGAGAAUAGACAGCGAGACGAGAAACACGCUGAAGACACCAUCAAGACUCAGGGACAAGCGGCCGAGGAAAGAGAUUCGGCCAAUCACAGCCCGAUUUCCGGAGUUCUGGAAGGCAGCGUCACGGACGAAGCCAGGAGCGAAGGAAGCACGGAUAGCGGCAAAGGUGGAAGUAUCAACGGAUACAGGAAGGAUAAUACUGUACAAACCACCUACGACUUUGCCAUACCGCAUCAUCUGGUAGGCAGAUUAAUUGGUCGUCACGGAAACUUUUUACAAAGCAUCCGUACGAAGGCUGAAGUCGACAUAUACGUAAAUGAUCACCCUUGCGAUGGCGAUCAUAAGAUUUGUUCGAUACAAGGCAGUGUUGAGGGGGUUAACGUUGCGCUUAAGAUGAUAAGACAAAAGUUUCCGGAGAAGAAGUUCCCACAGGUGACACUGGCGGAAAUCUCGACGUUAUCUGAUGUCAACGAGGAGAUUCCCACACUUAACAUCCCUCUGAUAAUGUCCACUCUCCCCCUGAUUGAUGGCGUCAGUAAUGACAUCAACAUCUCUCAUAUCGUCAAGCCGAACUGGCUCUUUGUUCAGCUUCCGACUCACCCAACGCAUCCUUAUUUGCAAAAUUUAGAAGAAGAAAUGACGUGCUGGUAUAACAGUGUAUGUACAGAUCCAGUGGUCGAUGUGAUGAGCAAAGGUACAUACGUGGCUGUGUAUUGGAACAACAAGUGGGUCAGGGGAUGCAUCGAAAAUCCGGAUCCAUUAGGACAAAACAACAUAGUGCGACUGCUUGAUUACGGCGGCUACUGGCAACUCAGCAAUGUGUUAUUUAAGCCGAUAAAAUUUGAAUACCUACAUCUGCCUUUUCAGGCGAUCGAAGUCUUUUUAGCGAAUAUCCAGCCGAAGGAAGGUGAAUGGUCGAAAGAAGCUUACAACCUAGUACAUUCUGCCGGUACAUGCGGGAUUGCUCAAGCCUUGAUCGAAGGCCGCAUUGAUAAUAAUGUUUAUGCGAACAUUUAUUUUAAUGUCCAAAACUAUGGGGUAAUCUCCCUCGGUGAAGAAUUAGUAGCGAACGGAUACGCCAAGCAUGUAACAUGGGAGCAUAUGAAGCCGGAAACGAUGGAGUCCAUCUAUCCAUCUACAUAAAAUUCAUUGAUAUUGACUAAGAACCAUGGAUUUUACUCAUGAUUCGGUAGGAAAUCUGAGAAUUAAUAGAGUUUCUUAUAACUCUAAUUUAGUAUAAUCAUCCCAUCAUGUCGAAAGUGAUUACUUUGUCCUUUCCCUCCAUUCGAGUGAUUUACUUCCUUGUAGUUUUUCAAUUGAAGUUUGCGUUUAUUAUACGCCACGUUUAUUAUCGAACGAUAUAAUAAUUAUAACAUAAUGUAACAGCAUAACUAUAUUUCACUACAUGGAAAAACAUAUAAAAAAAAUCUCGGUCGCGUUUAACAUUCACAAUCUUUAAACAUUGCUCAGAAAGAACGCGUCUUGUAUAGCAUAAACUCGUGAGUUGAAAACGAGUUCUGACAAGUACAAAGGUUUAGUCCGAUAACGUAAGAACCUUUUUUUACAGUAACUCCCUUCCCGAACGGUAUUGCUCGCGAUAUUUUCCCACUUUUAACUGCAAACUUCAAACAUUUUCGUGUCCAUGUUAUUUACGAGACAAGUCUUUCAGAUAGCUUCAGAUAAGCAUUUAAGGAACUGUUUUCAUUGCCCUCCAAUAUAAGCAUCUCGAGACUGUCGCAAAGAAAUACAGUUAUGCUUAAACUCUCCGAAAUCCCCGUUACUUUUUUGUACAUAAUGUAAGAUACUUCUCCCAAUUGUAGAAUAUUUAUAUCUAGCAGUAAGGAGGGAGGAAGAGAGAGGGAUAUAUAUAUAAAAAGAUUUGCUAUAAUAUUGAUCGUACCGCAGAAUAGAGAUAAAUAACUGACUUCGUGUUUUACAAAACACAUUAGUUUGAAACAUGUCAAAUAACUCGGACGAAUCAGGAAAUUCGGUUCAUGACUUCUAUAUUAUAUACAAUAUAUAUUUAUAUAUAUAUGUAUCAAUUCUUUUUUCGACUGAAGAUUAUUCGGGAAUCUAUUGAAGUACUGUCGGUUUCAUUCCGCGUUAAUUUUAAAUUGCAUUAAACUUAUUGGCGUAAAAACUAGUGUUAAACAUUGCGUUUUACGCGUUACUUAUCCCGCGUUACCUUUUUUCAAAUUAUAUGUAUAUAUAUAUAUAGAUUUAAACAUUACUUAUAUUUAAUUCGAUACUUUGUUUUUCAAACAUUACUUUCAAUAAUAUGCAUCUUGCACAACUUUAUUACUGUGGCAUGAAACGAUUAGUAUUUUAUGCUUAUUAAUUAUUUUCUUAAAACAUGUGAUUUUCGAUAUAAUUAUAUUUUUUCAGCGUUUCAAGAUUAAAACUUGUUAAUUAAUAAGCACAGGUAUAACAUUGUAUGUAUUUGUUUACUUAAAUUUUGGUCAGUCUAUUGUGGGAUUUGCAAAUGUGAAUUUCUUUUUGUGCAAAAUUACGACGCGGUAAAAAUUAAUAAACUGGAAAAAAAAAUGCAAAACUGAUUUCUAACAUGCAUACGGCAUUCAGCUGAAAACGUUUGGAAGUUAUUAAAUGUUAAUAUUUAAUAUUGUUGAACACAUAGAAAUAUUUUUCUAGAAAUAUAUACAUAUAAGAUUAUAUGCAGUCAGUAAACUCACUCAAAGCGUAUGUGCAUUCUCGCGGGUUGCGAUGAACUCUAAAGAUUUAUGAUUUAUUAUAAUUCUUUACAUUAGCAGUACGACAAUAUAGUGCAACGAAUGUUACAUAAUAACCACAUUCGUGAUUAAUUAUAUUUAUACUUUGUAUAUAAUACACGGCUGACCGCAAUUUUUGAGUAUUCAAACUUUGCGAAACAAUUUAUUAAUUACUAUCGUAAUAUUAAUUGCGUAACUUAAGUUUCAUUUUGUAUAUACAUCAGUAUAAUCUUUGGAAUUACCAUUAAAACUUGUAUCAUUUUCAUCACCAAGUUCUCAAAUCCUUUAUACAUGUUUUAUAAAGUCUCUAAUGAUAUACAGCAGAAAGAAAAUGAAAUUAUACUAAGAUGUAAGCCAUUGUUUUGUAUUGUAAAGCAGAAAUAAUAAAGCUGUUUAUAAAAAGCUGA